GCUGGUGGGAGAAGUUCACUGAGCGGCUCAAGCAAGUCAGCAUCAUGAAACUGCUCCUGCUGUUCCUGCUCUGCACCUCUAUGGUUAAAUCUCAGGUUUCCACGGACUAUGAUGAAGAGGAAGAUGCCACUGAGUUAGGGCCUCGAGGCCACAGGCCCGUGGACAAGAGGUGGGAAGCAGCCCCAACACUGAGACCUGUGGCACCUCCCAUCAGUGGGGGCGGAUAUCAGCCCCGGCCACCAAAGCGAACAAAGACGGGUGAGCAAAAAGGUCCCGUCAUUUAUCCUGAUGCUGGUGGCUGCAAGCAUCCUUUGGAUGAGCUGGGAGUACUGUGCCCAACUGGAUGUGAAUUGCAAACUCUACUGGUAAAACAGGAAAAAAAUGUGAAAUCAGUUGUUCGUGAUCUAAAAGACAAAGUGAACAAGUUCUCUGACAGCAGCACAACUUUCUAUGAAUAUGUGAAUAUUCUAGAUGAUAAAUUGGCAAAGAGACAAAAACAAAGAAAAGACAAUGAUGGUUUGCUUUCUGAGUUUAAUGAAGAAGUGGAGACACACUAUAAUUACAUAAAGGAUAAUCUAGACAGUAAUAUCCCAUCAAGUCUCAGAGUCCUUCGUGCAGUUGUGGAUUCUUUACACAAAAAGAUACAAAAACUGGAAAAUGCCAUUGCAACCCAAAUGGACUACUGCCGCUCCCCUUGUGUUGUUUCCUGUAAUAUCCCGGUGGUGUCAGGCAAAGAAUGUGAAGAUAUUUUCAGAAAGGGAGGUGAGACAUCUGAAAUGUACCUCAUCCAGCCUGAUGUUUUCACCAAACCAUAUAGAGUAUACUGUGACAUGAAGACCGAAGGUGGAGGAUGGACAUUGAUUCAGAACCGCCAAGAUGGCAGUGUUAACUUUGGAAGAAUAUGGGAUUCAUAUAAAAAGGGUUUUGGAAAUGUUGCAAAGAGUGGAGGGAAAAACUACUGUGAUACACCAGGUGAAUAUUGGCUUGGAAAUGACAAAAUCAGCCAAUUUACCAAAAUAGGGCCCACUGAAGUUUUAAUUGAAAUGGAAGACUGGAAUGGUGAUAAAGUUUCAGCUCAUUAUGGAGGGUUCACCAUACAGAAUGAAGGCAACAAGUAUCAGCUUUCAGUUAGUGACUACAAAGGCAAUGCAGGCAAUGCUCUAAUGGAAGGAGCAUCACAGCUGCAUGGAGAAAACAGAACAAUGACAAUUCACAAUGGCAUGUUCUUCAGUACUUAUGACAGAGACAAUGAUGGAUGGGUAACUGCAGAUCCCAAAAAGCAGUGCUCCAAGCAAGAUGGUGGUGGGUGGUGGUACAACCGCUGCCAUGCAGCCAACCCCAAUGGCAGAUACUACUGGGGAGGGAGCUACACCUGGGACAUGACAAAACAUGGUACAGAUGAUGGUGUUGUGUGGAUGAACUGGAAAGGCUCAUGGUAUUCAAUGAAGAAGAUGAGCAUGAAAAUCAGACCAUACUUUCCACACUAACCAUUUUCAAAAUGUACAGAAUUUCAGGCUUUCUUUUCAUAUUUGUGCCUGGUUAACU